AGAAGAUCCUAGAACUUACCACCAGGAUCACUGAGCUGCUGAGCGGAGAGGUUCCUAUAAGGUGUCAGGAUGUUGCUGUCUUUUUCUCCGUGGAAGAGUGGGAGUAUUUAGAAGUACAAAAGGAACUGUACAAGAAUGUCAUGAUGGAGAAUCACCAGUCCCUCACAUCACCAGAACGUUUUGUUUCAUUUUCCAGGUGAAUACGGGAUGGUAUUUUUGAAUAAGCAUCUUCACUUAUCUCCCUUCCAUGAAGCAAAAGAUAACAGUACCACACAAGCUAAUUCAACAACACCUAAUGUACCCUCAGUUCUUCACAGUGGAGAUCUAUCCUCCAAUACGAAUGGAGACAAGAAACCUUCAUCUAGUCAGUCACUGAUUGGCAGAAUGGGAACUAAACCGACACGUGGGAAACAUUGUAAAAAGAAAUCUAAUCUUUCUUUGCGUAAGAGAAAUCAUGGAACAUUUUUAUGUUCAGAAUGUGGGAAAUGUUAUGAUCGGAAAUCACAUCUUGAGACCCAUCUGAGAAUUCACGUAGGGGAAAAGCCAUUUUCAUGUCUUAAAUGUGGGAAAUGUUUUAGUCAGAAAUCAGAUCUUUAUAGACAUCAGCGAUCUCACACAGGGGAGAAGCCAUUUUCAUGUUCUGAAUGUGGAAAAUGUUUUAGUCAGAAAGCAGAUCUUCGCAGACAUCAGAAAGGUCACACAGGGGAGAAGCCCUAUUCAUGUUCAGAAUGUGGGAAGUCUUUUAUUCAGAAAUCACAUCUUGUUACACAUCAGAGAACUCACACAGGAGAGAAGCCAUUUAUGUGUCCUAAAUGUGGUAAAUAUUUUAGUGAGAAAUCCGUGCUUGUAGACCAUCUGAGAACUCACACAGGGGAGAAGCCAUUUUCUUGUCCUGAAUGUGGGAAGUGUUUUAGUCUAAAAUCGUGUCUUGUUAGACAUCAGAGAACUCACACAGGAGAGAAGCCAUAUUCAUGUCCUCAAUGUGGGAAGUGUUUUAGUCUGCAAACGUGUCUUGUUAAACAUCUCAGAAGUCACACAAGGGAGAAGCCAUUUUCAUGUUCAGAAUGUGGCGAAUCGUUUGUUUAUAAAUCAAGACUUGCUAAUCAUCAGAGAACUCACACUGACGAGAAGCCACUAUAGUUCAGAAGUACAGGGCUUAAUGUAACUCACAUAUUCUUAUUACAGAUGGCAGGAUCCAGAAGCAGUUAUAGAUGCAACCCAGCAGUGAUCGCCAGUUCGCAGUGUUCACCAGCGAACACAUGCGGGCUGCCAUCUUUAGUAAGGUAGACUCACCCGUCCGGCGAUGCACAGGUAAGCCCUUACCUGUGCCUGGGCCGGGAUCCGUCUGAAAUCAAACGCAGUCACAGGGAGCAGGCAGUUCCGAGAACAGCCGCUGGGG